GCCGCAGGGAGCGAGCAAGUGUCGGCCCGAGAAGAGACUCCUGAGUCUUCAAAUGGAUUUUAAAAUUGAACACACUUGGGAUGGUUUUCCAGUGAAGCAUGAGCCAGUGUUUGUCAGGCUGAAUCCAGGUGAUAGAGGAGUGAUGAUGGAAGUUAGCGCUCCAUUUUUCAAUGAUCCUCCAGCCCCACUAGGAGAACCAGGAAAGCCUUUCAAUGAACUGUGGGAUUAUGAAGUUGUGGAAGCAUUUUUCUUGAACGACAUAACUGAACAGUAUUUAGAAGUUGAACUUUGUCCCCAUGGACAGCAUUUGGUGCUUUUACUCUCUGGAAAAAGAAAUGUGUGGAAACAAGAACUUGAUCUAUCAUUCAAAGCGUCCAGAGGAGAGACAAAAUGGGAAGGUAGAGCUUAUCUUCCUUGGAGUUAUUUUCCACCAAAUGUGACAAAAUUCAAUUCAUUUGCAAUUCAUGGAUCAAAAGAUAAAAGAAGCUAUGACGCUCUUUACCCUGUACUUCCACAUGAGCUGCAGCAAGGACAAAAACCUGAUUUCCAUCGUCUGGAAUACUUCAAGCCUUUCAAUUUUAACACACUGCUUGGAGAAGAGUGGAAACAACCAGAGUCAGACCUGUGGCUAAUAGAGAAACCUGAUGUGUAGGAGUAUAGUAGAUGACCAUAUCAAUCAUUUCUUCUCUAUACCUUUUAAGGUAAACUAAUAAUAAGUAUAAUCUCUUUCAAGAUACCAUGAACACAUUUCAACAAUAAAUAUUUCAUAGAAGUCAGUGAAAGUAUAUAGUAUCUCUGUGGCAAAUUGUGUAUGAAUUAACAAGAAAGUAGAAAGUUCAUGUAUGAUUUUAUCUAUAAAGUGAAAAUGUUUCUUGGAGUCACUUAGUCCAGGAGCCAUCAUGCCAAGGGGUUCUACCAUCUGCCUUGCAGCACCAUCACCCCAAAUAUCCCAGACUCUGUCAACCAAAAUCAAUAUUUCUCUUCCCACUCCGCUGAACCUCAGCCAGCUUACAACUGAACAUCUUAUUUGCAAAUUUUUGAACUCCAUAGUAAUGUAUAAUAAUUCUUUACUCAGACUCCUCUGUCCAUUUUUGAAAUGAAUAGAAAACAAUGACAUAUUUCAGUUGAACAGGACAUGCACAUCUGUUACGGCAUUAUUAAAAUACAUGUGCUAUUUAAUUAGCUGUAUUUCCUGUCUUAUGACUACUUUUCUUCUGUAGCAGAAAAUGGAAUGAAGUAGUCUUGAAUUCGGGCAACAGAUUCUGCUUUCAUUUACAAAUAAAUGACAUUUUCUUAA